CGUUUUUAGUUUCCUUCCCUAUGGAGGAGAAUUGCGACGACAAGAGACGGUGCGUUGUGGACGGCGCCGUGCCGGCGGAAGCCUGCGGCGGCGCUCCGCCACAAGAUGGCUUCCCGCUCCCGGCUUCCUUGAUUCUCGGUGAGAUACUCCCUAGAUUGGAGCUCGAGUCGCUAUGUUCUUUGGCGUGUGUAUGCCGCGUCCUCCGUUCCAACGUUUCUCAUGCGCUUUCUAUACUUCCUUCUCUGGAUCUCUCCGCCUUUUCGAUGAACGGAGAGCUGCUUAAUCACAUUUUCCCCAAAAUGGGAGGGGUGGAGAGUGUUUCUGUUGAUUGUCUGCACUUGGAUGAUUGCUCAAUUCUCAGCAUUCUUCGCCCCAACAUCCAUGAAUUGAAUUUGCUCAAGUGUGCAUUACUUUCCUAUGAAGUUCUUCCUUCUAUUGGAGAGAAGUGCCCCAAUUUAAGGAAACUUGCCCUGGAAUUGGCCGGACAGAGCUUACCAGGUACUUUCAGGUUCAACCUUCUAAAAAUGCUGGAACAAUUUUCGGGGUUGGAGCAUCUAUCCAUAAAAAAUCGCGGAACAGAAAGGCAUCCAUAUGAUUUAGGUGCCAUUCAUCUUUUCCUCCCCAAAAGUGUCACUUUUCUGAAGCUACAGCCUGUAAAUGAGAAGGAUGCUAUUCUGCUGAUAGAACGUCUUGGGGAUGAUGUAGAGGUUCUGGAAAAAAUGGCCACAUCCAGUAUUCCAUCACAGUUGCCAUUUACAGGGUUCAGAUUGCGAACGUUGUCACUUGUCUUGGAUGUUAUAACCAACAGAUUAAUAGCCACAAUUACCACCUCGCUUAGGCUUUUAGUUGAACUGGAUCUCGAAGACAGAGCGUGUUCAGAACCAAAACUUCCGCAUGACUUGACUAACUUAGGACUUCAGUCUCUGGGAUCUUGUGAGCAUCUCACAUCCCUUUCGAUCGUGAGGAGUCGGGUGAACUAUAUCGUGUCGUUUAAAAGAGUAAAUGAUUUGGGGAUAAUGCUUCUUGCUGAGAGCUGUAGGGGCCUUGAAUCCGUGAAACUCGGUGGAUUCUCUAAAGUUACUUGUGCUGGAUUUUCCUCUAUCUUGUGUUCGUGUCGGAAUUUGAAGAAGUUUGAAGUCCGGAAUGCGCCUCUUUUGACAGACUUAGCCUUUCAUGACAUCGAUGGAGUUUCGUGCCCCCUUGUGGAGUUGAAACUGUUAUCCUGUAACCUCAUAACCAGUGAAUUUGUAGCUCAACUUGGCUCGUCGAAUGCCUUGCAAGUGCUCGAUACAAACGGUUGCAGAAGCAUAGCUGACUCCUGUCUCGAGCACAUAUCGCCGAUCAAUACGCUGACCUCCCUGAACCUCGGCGGAGCUGACAUUACCGACAGAGGACUUUCUAUUCUAGGAAAGGCGAAUCUUCCAUUAACAAGUUUGUCUCUGAGAGGAAUCACUAGAGUAACUAGCAGGGGAAUUAUUAGCCUAUUCAGCAGUGGAGAUCGAAUCAAGAAGACCUUAUCAUCGCUCGACAUCGGACACAUGCCUGGAAUUUCAGAUAGGGCCAUUCAUGCCAUUGUUUCCGGUGCCGAAUCCUUGACUGAGUUAUGCAUGAGGUAUUGCUUUCAUGUGACGGGUAUGUCUUUUAAAACAUUGGCCUCAGGGAGAUCCGACGGGAGGAGUUCUCUCCAAAGGCUCGAUGUGUGUCAAUGCACUCAAUUAUGUGAUGAACUAGCUGAGUUGUUGCAGAGGCCGUGUUUUCGUGGGUUGAGAUGGCUCGGAGUCGGGGACACAAAGAAGAUGGACGACUUUGCAAUGAUCUGCCGAAUGCGGCCGUGGCUCACCAUUUGUUUCGAUGGCUGCGAGAUGGGAUGUCACGAUGGAUGGCAGUUCCACGAAGACAACAAUGGGAAUUGAAAAGACGAAGAAGACUGGCUGGCUCAGGCGGCCGUGUUGGUGUGUGAAGACAGACAGACACGGGCGUGUUGCCGAGGUUAUUGAACCCCUUCUCUAAAAGAUAAUGGACUUAUGGUGGAAAAAUAUAUAGCUGUUGUGUAGUAGGUAGUAUCAAUUGAAGAUGAUCCUUAUUUUGUACUGUAGAUUUGUUUUGUUCAUGAGAAAUACUGGCUGUUGGAUCACUUUCAUCAAAGGCUGAGACCAAA